AUGCCAGCAGCUCUACAGCCUGAACUCAAAGCUUCGUCAGCGGGUGCGACAGAAGUCAUUCUGUCCUCACUCGAAAGCCUACCUGUGGAGAUUCAGAUUGCGAUCCUAGCCGAGUCAUCCCUGAGCUCACUCCGCGCUCUGAUAAGAAGUUCGCCCCGUUUCUAUCACGUCUAUUUCCGUCACAGACUUCUGAUCCUCAACAAGUCUCUCAAUAACUCUCUCGGUGGCAUUCUCCAGGAUGCCUAUGCCGCUUGCUGGUCUGACCUAUGGUUUGGGGGAUAUGAUGCUGCAGCUGGAGUUGGGCCGUUCUCAUUUGAGGAUUACCUUGAGAGUCUACUCAUUGACCCCACGGGCUCUACAAUAGACGACCUGUCCCUCACAGUAGCUCGCAAGAUGUCUUAUUUUCACAUUCGUGUGGUCGAGCCUCUGACGGAGCGUUACGCCCGCUGGGCCCUGGGAGCAUUGUCCUCGUCUCCGGAAGCAGCUCCGCUUACGGGGACAGAAAAAGCCCAUAUACAGCGAGCUAUGUAUCGACUACAAAUUAUCUGCAAUAUUCCCAUUCGAGAUGAUCAAGCGAUAUUCGAAGCCAUGGAUGCUUUUGGGCCUUGGCAAGCCGAGGAGAUACUCUGUGUGCACGAAUUCGCCAAGGACAGAUACAAGAGCGUUUUCGUUGAGUGCGUAUGGCACCUUGAUCAACCGAAGUAUAUCAGCAUGCACCUGUGGGAGGUUGAAGAGAGACCGAUUCUAUACGAUUACGACCUCAUAAAUGACGAUGCUCUCACCACUAUGCUCUCGCUGGGGCUCCCAGUGCUGCAGGAUUCGUUCGAAGCUAGAAACAGCGGAGAGCUCGUCGACGACGUCAGAUAUAGUAUCUUAAGUGGAGACUGGGUCUAUCGUCGUGAAUGGAUUGACAGCGCUGUCUGGUCUAAUGCAUCUGAUCAAGACCUGAGACGCCAAGAGGUAUAUACCGAACGUGACGAAGCGCAGGAUAGCCAACAAAAGAUCCAAUGUGAGCAGGAUGAUUUGUUCUCUCCUCCCCUAGCGUGGGUGGCUUUUUGGGGCGGCCGAUAUAGCAACUUGUUCGGCAGAUAUGUCCCCCCUGCACUGCGCCGCUGGGGAUAUGUGAUGUGGGACGCAAAGCGGCUGGAGGCUUCCGGGGCGAUGGAGUUUGUUGAGCUAGAGUGGCAAUGCAAGUACGGCGUGCGAGGCGCGCCUGAAGAGGACGAUCCUCGCGAGUUUUACUGCCUCGAAUACCAGAGAAACGCAGAAAAUGGUGACUGA